CGCAAUGUUCUCUGUCACCACCGGAAAUGUGGCCAGCAGAUUACGGAGAUAUAGCUAUUAAAAGAGGAUUCGAGGAGUAUGACUUCAUUAUUGUGGGUGCCGGUUCGGCUGGUUGUGUCCUUGCAAAUCGUCUAAGCGAGAAUCCGAAUUGGAAGAUUUUGCUCCUAGAAGCAGGAGGAGAUCCCCCAAUUGAAUCAGCCAUACCUAGGCUGUUCUUCUCUCUGCAAAGAGCACCAUAUGAUUGGCAGUAUUAUGUUGAACCAUCGGCAAACUACAGUCUUUAUUUUGCAAAUGGUGACUUUUGGCCUAGAGGCAAAAUGUUAGGAGGAACAAGUUCAAUCAAUGCAAUGCUUUAUGUUAGAGGAAACGAUGAUGAUUAUAAUAAUUGGGAGAGACUGGGUAAUCCAACUUGGGGUUGGGACAAUGUUUUACAAUAUUUUAAGAAGUCGGAAGGUAAUCGAAAUCCUGAAAUUGCUGAUGCAUUUGGAGGAUAUUACCAUUCAAAGGAUGGACCUAUGUCAGUAGAAUUAUACAAUUCAGACGAACCUAUCAAUCAAUUAAUUGUUAAUGCAGCUGAAGAAUUGGGUUUCAAAUUUGUAUUGGAUAUCAAUGCGAAGAAAAAUAUUGGAUUUACAUUUUCUCAGGGAACUCUCAAGUCUGGCGUUAGAGAAAGUGCCGCUACCGCAUUUCUAGUUCCUGCUAUGAAUCGACCUAAUUUGCAUGUCGUUAAAUAUGCUCACGUUUUGGAUCUUGUGAUCGACAGUAAUGGAGUAGUUUCCGGAGUUAGGAUGAACUUGCGAGGAGAACAAGAAAUAAAGGCAUAUGCAACAAAAGAAGUGAUUCUAAGUGCGGGAGUAAUAAAUUCUCCACAAAUUCUAAUGUUAUCUGGAAUUGGACCAGCUGCCCACCUUCAAGACAUGGAAAUACAAGUCAUUAAGAAUCUCCAAGUUGGAAAGAAUCUGCAAGAUCAUCCAACGGUACCAAUUGUUUUUAUGUCAAAAGGCGAGCCUGUAAAUCCUAGUGAUUUACUACGAGCAUUUUUCCAAUACUUGACAACACAUACUGGGUAUUUCUCUAAUAUCGGAGCACUACAGACAUUGGGUUAUGUCAAUGUUCAUGAUCCUUUUGCAAAGUAUCCUGACUUUCAAUACUAUCACAUAGCAUUUCAGAGAGGUCAAGUGGAUGAUAUUAUGGAACUUUUUAGAACUGUUGGAUAUAUUGAAGCUUUGGUUGAGGCUGCCGGAACUGCAGUCCAGAAUUCUAAUAUUCUUAUUAUACCAAUCGCAUACUUAACAGAGAAGUCAAGAGGAGAAGUAUUGCUCAGAAGUGCUGAACCAACUGAAAAACCACGAAUUAUCGCCAAUUAUUUAUCAGAAUAUUCCGAUAUAGUGGCAUUUAUAAAGGCAAUUCGGUUAUACCUGCAAUUCUUGAAUACUCAAAGUUUUAGAUCAGUGGAAUUUGAAUUAAUGGUAAUUCCGAUUCCUGAAUGUGAUAUGCUAGUCUUCAAUAGUGAUGAAUACUGGGCUUGCUACUGCCGAUACAUGAUUACAACUAUCUAUCACCCCGUUGGAACUUGCAAAAUGGCUCCUGACUAUGACCCGGAUGCUGUUGUUGACUAUAGACUGAGAAUUAAGGGCAUCAAAGGAUUGAGGGUCAUCGAUGCUAGCAUUAUGCCAGUUGUUCCAAGAGGAAACACGAACGCACCAACAAUCAUGAUUGCAGAGAAAGGAGCCGACAUGGUUAAAGAAGAUUACGGUUAUGUUGCGUAAAAUGAAAUGUCUAUUCAGCAUUUGAAUUAAUCAUUUUGAAUAUGUAUGAUUUUGUCUAACAUUGCCUACAAAUUCUGAUAAAGAAUAGAAUUUCUGGAUUACUUGUAUGAAAAUCAUUAAACGACUCUUCAAGUUUUUAAAAUAUUUGUAGAAAAUAUUAUAUUUAGCCUUAAGUGGAAAGAUAUCAUUGCGUUGGAAAAUUCAUAUUAUUGGCACCGCUAUUAUUUUUAGAAGUGUGAGACAGGAUGUUUAAGAUCUGUAGCAGUCAAAAUCCCGAAUGUUCAAAAUACUGAAGGGGAUGAAAUUAUGUAGAGGAAAGUAUUUAGAAUAAUUUCCCAAGACACAGAAGAUUUCCAUUUGCCUGUUUGACUUUUAAGAAUUCGGGAUUUUGGCCCAUUCGGGAUUUUGGCUUUCGGGAUUUUGACAGGGACCCGUUUAAGAUAACAAAUAGAACAUAGUUUUGGAAUCAUAACAAAAGGAAACGAAAGAAAUAUAUAAAAGUUAGAUAUCGCA